AUGGUGCACCCCCGUGAGCUUGACAUUGUGGUCUACGGAGACCGCCAUCGCGUCUACCGUCCAGGGAACAAAGUGGAAGGCGUGGUUUCUUUCUUUCCAACUACGCAACAGCACAUCAAAUCCCUCACCCUCGAUUUCUCCGGACGAUGCGUCACUAAAACCACCAGGCCUCAGUACGCGAGGCCGAGCGAUGGAAGACCACCAAUCCUUGAAGGCCUGAAAAGGUUCGAAGCAGAGGCUACACUCUUCAGAUUCGAGCGAAGUCUUUUGGUCGAUUGCACCGUCACCGCUAAGAGGCACUCGUGGCCAUUUGAGUUCACAUUUCCUUCGCACACGCGGGAUCGAUAUCCAAAAUGGGCCGACAGCUCCAAAUUCCCAAAAGACGUCCAUCAACUUCCUCCAUCUUACCAUAUUUACAUGGAUGAACCUGGAAAGGAGGCUAGCAUUACGUACGGGGUGACUGCGAAUGUUUCGUAUGGCCGCUGGCAGUAUAAGUCAGAUAAGGCUGCUCUACACGAUCUGAAAUUCUUUAACGAUUCUAAUGUUAGACCGCAUCUCAUCGCUCCAACACCCAUGCCACACGUUCUCAAAGAGCAAAGAUGGACUUCAACUGCUCUCCGUCCGGCAAAACACACUCUCAAACAGAAGCUUGAACACGUUGUCACUCAUAACCCAAAUCUUCGUACCCCUUCAAUUAGCAUUGUUCCAACGGUAUACUGCCCGCCGUCAAUUUCUCCGCAGCAAGAUAUUCCCUUGAAAGUUUCCAUCCAGCACAUUCGCCGCCGCCCAGCAGUGGACCCCGAGCGCAUCGAUUGCAUUUUCAAGAGCCUCACUGUCUCAAUAACUACAUAUAAUCGCACUGUGUGCGAAGGCGGUAUACAAGACGUCACGGAGCAGCGGCGGAAUUGCGUCACCCGCCGCGAUAUAAACACAUCGAUUCCCCUCGAUGACUCGCCCUUCAGCCUUGUCUCAAACCUCCGUCUUGAUGAUAACGCUCAAUGCAUUGCCUCCUUUGCCACAUUCACUGCUUCCCGCUCAUACACGCUCGACAUUGAAAUGGAGGCGAAGUGUGGUCCCAAGACUUUCAUCAUCAAUUCCAGCACUCCGCUAGAGAUCCUUCCUAGUCCAUCACUCAGUCGACCAGCAGCCGUUGGCCAGCCAAGAGAAAGCUUUGAGCAGCUUCCAGCCUAUGAGCCGAGGCCUACAUUGCCGAGCUAUUCUGAGAGCACAGGGAGCACAGCUACGCUUGGAAGUUUGGCGUCGAGCGACGACGAUUCAGGAUCUGAGGAAGAAGGCGGUUUUGACGAUGGAGUCUCGACGCCACUCACGCCGCCAAUGACGCCAGGCUUAGAUGAGAGCGAUAGACGGGAAUGGGUUCGGGACGGUAAGAGGGCUGCUGUAUGAGACACAGCGCCUUCACUAUCAAGGUCGAGUUUUUGGGGUCCGCAAAGCGAGAAAGAUACCAAUAUAUGAGGUUGUUGCGUGGAAAGAGCAUGUCUGAUGUUCCUUUAGAAUCUCAAUUUGUCAUCUAUGCUAAGUUCUUUCCUUCUAACCAGAUCCACUCGAGAGCAUGAAACAUAUUUUACAGUGCUCCGGCGUAGGCCCGUGUAGUCGUUUCUACCGCUGUCUGUGGCACCCCAAAAUAAUACCAGAAAUCUGUAGGUAGUACCCCAUUCCAGUGAUGUACAAAUAUCUUUUCGUAAAUCCGAACCCCCAUUUCGUGUAAACAUUGAAAAUGUAUGGAGGCACUUCAGACGAUGUCAGCCAAGGGUACACAGACGCAGAGGGCGGAGACACUGUACAGAG